AUGGGAGACUGGAAUUUCCUUGGAGGUAUUCUGGAGGAUGUUCACAUCCACUCUACUACGAUCGGAAAGAUCUGGCUCACCAUCCUAUUCAUAUUCCGAAUGCUAAUUCUGGGCGUAGCAGCUGAAGAUGUCUGGAAUGAUGAGCAGUCGGGCUUCAUCUGCAACACAGAACAACCUGGCUGCAGAAAUGUAUGCUAUGACCAGGCCUUUCCCAUCUCCCUCAUUAGAUACUGGGUUCUACAGGUAAUAUUUGUGUCUUCCCCAUCACUGGUCUACAUGGGUCAUGCUUUGUUCCAGCUGAGAGUUCUGGAGAAAGAGAGGCAGAAGAUGAAAACGCAAUUGAGAAGAGAACUGGAGGGAGUGGAGUUUGAAGAGCCUGGGGAUCGGAGGAGAUUGGAACAGGAACUUUGUCAGCUGGAGCAAAGGAAACUAAAUAAAGCUCCACUCAGAGGACCCUUGCUUUGCACUUAUGUGAUACAUAUUUUCACUCGCUCUGCAGUUGAAGUUGGGUUCAUGAUUGGGCAGUAUCUUUUAUAUGGAUUUCACUUAGAGCCUCUAUUUAAAUGCCAAAGCCACCCAUGCCCAAACAUAAUUGAUUGUUUUAUCUCAAGACCAACAGAAAAAACAAUAUUCCUAUUAUUUAUGCAGUCCAUAGCGACAGUUUCACUUUUCUUAAAUGUUCUAGAAAUUGCUCAUUUAGGUAUUAAAAAGAUUAAAAGAGGGUUUUGGGGGCAAUAUAAAUUGAAAGAUGAACAUCAUGAUGAAUUCUUUGCAAACAAAUCAAAACAAAAUUCUGCAAAAUAUAAGAGCACAUCUGCAAAUUCACCAAAGCAACAUCCUUAUGCACCAGAUUAUAAUCUGUUAUUUGAAAAGAAAACACACCCAACUGUGUGUCCAAGUUUAAAUUCAUCUUCUGCAUUGCCAGUAGAUGCUGAAAAUCAUAGUGGCAAUAAUGAGAAAUGCGUUCCGGAUGAACAGGAAACCUUGCUUUCUAAUGAGUUGGACACAACUAAUCAUCUUCAACACAUCAGCUCAAAUGAUAAUGAAGGAACUCUUAAGAUAUUUGAGAAUGAAGCUAAUGAUAACCAGGUAAGAGAAAGAAGAGAAAUUUAUGAUAAAGAUGGGGAAAGAGAUGUUUCUGCAGAUUUAGAAAACCACAUAGAGCAGUCAUCCCCUCCAGUUUUCUGUCUGCCAGCUAAUUGCUACUGGAAACCCCAGGGGCUUAGUGAUACUUGGGGUUCCUCUACAGAGGAAGAUCAAAACCAGAGCUUAUACCCUAAAGGUAAUGUCAAAGGUCAGUUUGGGGAGGGCACAAUCAGAACCCUCCUUCCUUCACAGGGAGACUCUGAUCCACUUGACAUUCCAGACACUCCUGAUUUUUUUGGAGAGCCGUCUUUUGCGUCUGAGUUUGUCAAAACCUGCAAAAGUCCUAGUGCUGGUCCUCCAUAUCAUUCAGUGACUCUAACAACCAACCUCAUGGGUAGACGGGCUCCCACAGACCUUCAGAUCUGA